GCUCUUAUCAGACCAGGGUGAAAAGAAGCCACACCCACUCUCUCUUCCGGGCACCAGCAGAAUUUGGAACACGCUGAUCCUCAUGAUCUUCUCAAGAUGUAUUAAUAACAUAUAUUAAUAACUUAAUCCCCCAGCUUGCCCCUGCUCUUGUGUGGCCUGCUCAGUGUGAUUUACAGACAAGACCCAGAAGAACUUCAGAUUGAGGUGGGGCAUAUUGAACUCAAUUUGCUUGGAAACUGCCCAGGAAAGGCUGAACCCUUCCCUGGGAGCAGCUAGAGGGAGUCUUAGCCAUGGGUGAGGUGACAGCAGAGGAGGUAGAAAAGUUCUUGGAUUCAAAUAUUGGCUUUGCCAAACAAUACUAUGACUUUCACUAUCGGGGGAAGGUCAUCUCAGACCUUCUCGGGGCCAAGGAGGCAGCCGUGGACUUCAGCAACUACCACGAUGUGAACAGCGUGGAGGAGAGUGAGAUCAUCUUUGACCUCCUGCGGGACUUUCAGGAGAACUUACAGGCCGAGAAAAGCACAUUCAAUGUCAUGAAGAAGCUCUGCUUCCUCCUGCGGGCUGACCGUAUGAGCCUGUUCAUGUACAGGACCCGCAAUGGCAUCGCCGAGCUUGCCACCAGGCUCUUCAAUGUCCACAAGGAUGCUGUCCUAGAGGAGUGCUUGGUGAUGCCUGACUCCGAGAUUGUCUUCCCUCUGGACAUGGGUGUCGUGGGCCACGUCGCACACUCCAAAAAGAUUGUCAAUGUCCCCAACACAGAAGAGGACGAGCAUUUCUGUGACUUCGUGGACAAUCUCACAGAAUAUAAGACCAAGAGCAUCCUGGCUUCCCCCAUCAUGAAUGGGAAGGAUGUGGUAGCCGUCAUCAUGGCUGUGAAUAAAAUAGAUGAAUCCCACUUCACCAAGAGAGAUGAGGAGAUUCUUCUCAAGUACCUCAACUUUGUGAAUCUGAUCAUGAAGGUAUUCCACCUGAGUUACCUGUACAACUGUGAGACCCGGCGUGGCCAGAUAUUGCUGUGGUCUGGAAGCAAGGUCUUUGAGGAGCUCACGGAUAUAGAGAGGCAGUUCCACAAGGCCCUGUACACAGUGCGAGCUUUCCUCAACUGUGACAGAUACUCCAUAGGACUCUUAGACAUGACCAAGCAGAAGGAAUUUUUUGAUGUGUGGCCAGUUCUGAUGGGCGAGGCUCCAGCCUACUCUGGUCCCAGGACUCCAGAUGGAAGGGAAAUUAACUUUUACAAAGUCAUUGACUACAUCCUGCACGGCAAAGAAGACAUCAAAGUAAUCCCGAACCCACCUGCUGACCACUGGGCUCUAGUGAGCGGUCUCCCCACUUAUGUGGCUCAAAACGGUCUGAUCUGCAAUAUAAUGAAUGCGGCUGCAGAGGACUUUUUUGAAUUCCAGAAAGAGCCUCUGGAUGAGUCUGGAUGGAUGAUUAAAAAUGUACUCUCCAUGCCAAUCGUCAACAAGAAGGAAGAGAUCGUUGGCGUGGCCACGUUUUACAACCGCAAAGAUGGGAAGCCCUUUGACGACAUGGACGAGACCCUCAUGGAGUCUUUGACUCAGUUUCUGGGCUGGUCAGUCUUAAACCCUGACACCUACGAGUCCAUGAACAAACUCGAGAACAGGAAGGAUAUCUUCCAGGAUAUUGUAAAAUAUCACGUGAAAUGUGAUAACGAUGAAAUCCAGAAGAUCUUGAAAACCAGAGAGGUGUACGGCAAAGAGCCAUGGGAAUGUGAGGAGGAGGAGCUGGCUGAGAUCCUGCAAGGAGAACUUCCAGAUCCCGAGAAAUACGAAAUCAACAAAUUUCACUUCAGUGACCUGCCCCUCACGGAGCUGGAGCUGGUGAAGUGCGGCAUACAGAUGUACUACGAGCUCAGAGUGGUGGACAAAUUCCACAUCCCGCAAGAGGCCCUCGUGCGCUUCAUGUAUUCGCUAAGCAAAGGCUACCGGAGGAUCACUUACCACAACUGGCGGCACGGCUUCAACGUGGGGCAGACCAUGUUCUCCUUGCUGGUGACAGGAAAGCUGAAGAGGUACUUCACUGAUCUGGAGGCCUUGGCCAUGGUCACUGCUGCCUUCUGUCAUGACAUCGACCACAGAGGCACCAACAACCUCUACCAGAUGAAAUCACAGAACCCCCUGGCCAAGCUCCAUGGGUCCUCCAUCUUGGAAAGGCAUCAUUUGGAGUUUGGCAAAACACUGCUGAGAGAUGAGAGCCUGAAUAUCUUUCAGAACCUGAAUCGCCGGCAGCAUGAGCAUGCCAUCCACAUGAUGGACAUUGCAAUCAUUGCCACAGACCUGGCCUUAUACUUCAAGAAAAGGACAAUGUUCCAGAAGAUUGUGGAUCAGUCAAAGACAUAUGAGAGUGCCCAGGAGUGGACCCAGUACAUGAUGCUGGAGCAGACACGGAAGGAAAUUGUGAUGGCCAUGAUGAUGACAGCCUGUGAUCUCUCAGCCAUCACCAAGCCCUGGGAGGUACAGAGCAAGGUGGCUCUGCUGGUGGCUGCUGAAUUCUGGGAGCAAGGAGACCUGGAGCGCACAGUGCUGCAACAGAAUCCCAUUCCCAUGAUGGACAGAAACAAGGCGGAUGAGCUACCCAAGCUUCAAGUUGGCUUCAUUGACUUUGUGUGCACUUUUGUCUAUAAGGAAUUCUCCCGGUUUCAUGAGGAGAUCACACCCAUGCUGGAUGGGAUCACUAACAACCGCAAGGAAUGGAAGGCGCUGGCUGAUGAUUAUGAGGCUAAGAUGAAGGCACUGGAGGAGGAGAAGCAGAAGCAGCAGGCAGUCAAGCAAGUUGCUUCCAGGAACCAGCCAGGAGGGAACCCCAGUCCAGGGGGCGCAACUGCAUCCAAGUCCUGUUGCAUCCAGUAGCUGACUUUGCUGCCGGCAGGGGGUACAGCCCUCAGGAAGGAAGAGGUCACUCAGGCCACUGAGCAGUUAAAGAAUCAGGAGUUGAGGGGUGGUGACAAACACAGCAGGCAUCUAUAUCAUCAAAUGGUCUUAGACAUUGUUUCUGUUUUGUUUUGUUUUGUUUUGUUUUAGACAGCUCUGGCUGGCCUGGAACUCUCUAUGUAGACAAGGCUGGCCAAAUUCACAGACACCCACCUGCUUCUGUGUCCCAAGUGCUGGGUUAAAAGCAUGCACCACCACACAGGGCUUAGAGAUCUUUUUUUUUUUUUUUUUUUUUUUUUUUUAAUCUUACAAAGUCUAUUGAGUUUAGCCCAAUAUUCUAGACUUCAUAUACUGACUUGAUAAAUUUUUGUUCUUAUAAUUCUUAUAAGCUCUUUAAACUUAGUGUUUUAUUAUAAAAGUAUCUGCUAAUUUCCAAAAGUAGAGAAUUAUACAUCAAAUACCACAAACUUACCCCAGAUUUGAACAUCAAGCUCUGGUCAUGUGUGAUUCACGUGUCUUCAUGUUCCUUUUCAAUUUCUCUCUUUCUCUCUUUCCUCCUUCAUCUUGACCUUCUUCCCUCCUUCCCUUUCUCCCUCCCUCCCUUUCCCACCAUGUAGCCCCAGCUUGCUUUAAACUCUCCAUUCCUGACCUUUGUGUUUACUACCACCCAUGACUUAGCUGAACAACUUAUGAAAAAUUCCAUACACAUGGCUCCACCCCUUCACAGUCUUUAGAGGAGUUUGUGCAUCUUUACAGGAAUAGGCAUCUUUAAAGCUCGCAUAUCUUACGUGGUAGCACAUGCCUGCAAUCCCAGCCCUGGGGAAAGAGGAAGGAGGAGGUCAAGAGUUUCAGAGGUCUUGGUCUAUACAGCAAGACCCCACCUCAAGGAGGAAGUUACCCUUCCUUAAAGGAACAGAGCCUUUUCUAGCAUGACACUGUCACAUGGAGGUGAAUGCUUCAUACCCAGCUGUGGAGUAUAUUCUGGUGAGCCACAGAGAAAGGGCUUGGAGCUUCAGUAGACAACUCUUUCAGGGGUUUCCUUAGCUGCAGGAUACUCUGCAUUUCUCGGGGAGGGGGGAUCUCUACCUGAGGUGGAUAAGUAUGAUCACAUUGCCCAACAUGGGUCAACUGUGGAAGGCCAGUCUAGCUCCAGGUUAGAGUCUGUUUCCUAGGAAAUCCAGCUGUGAUGUAAACUCUAAAUCAACCACCCUUAUGGCCCCAAAACUUUUUAAGAGACUAUUUGUGCUGGGUGUGGUGGUGCAGACCUUUAAUCCCAGCACACAAGAGGUGAAGGCAAAAGCAUGAUGGUAAAUUUGAGGCCAGCCUGGUUUACACAGAAAGUUCCAGGCUGGGCUACAGU